AUGCCUGUCACUCCUACCCAGCGCCACCAAAUCUUGGAGAAGAUGGCCAAACAGGGCCGUAGCCGCGUCUUCUUCGAUAUCACGAUUGGAAAUCGUCCAGAAGGGCGCGUCGUCUUCGAGCUUUACGAUGAAGUCGUUCCAAAGACGGCAGAUAAUUUCCGCUGUCUAUGUACCGGCGAGAAGGGCACUGGAAAAUCGGGAAAGCCUCUCCAUUACAAGGGUUCGAUCUUUCACCGAGUAAUCAAGCAAUUCAUGAUCCAGGGUGGAGAUUUUACUAUGGGAAAUGGAACCGGUGGAGAGAGUAUCUAUGGUGCUAAAUUCGAUGAUGAGAACUUCAAGUUGAAGCACGAGAAGCCUUUCCUGUUAUCCAUGGCUAAUGCUGGACCUGGAACUAACGGUUCUCAGUUCUUCGUAACUACAGUUCCAACUCCCCAUCUUGACGGUAAACACGUAGUAUUUGGAGAGGUUAUUGCUGGAAAGUCAAUUAUUCGCAAGAUCGAAAACCUACCGACCCAAUCAGGCGACAAACCCAAUAAAGAUGUGACCAUUGCCGACUGUGGCCAGCUCACUGGCGAAGAGGCCCUAAAAGCCGAUGCUAAGGGUCCUGAUGCAACAGGAGAUGAGUACGAGGAUUUCCCGGAAGACGCAGGAAAAGACUUUACGCCAGAUCAAAUCGUCAAGAUCGCAACCGAUCUCAAAGCGUACGGCAACAAGGCGUUUUUAGAAAUGAAGAACUUGCCGUUAGCACUUGAAAAAUACGCGAAAGGAUUGCGAUAUCUGAACGAAGACAUGGGAACCGAGAAACCUAAGAUCCAAGUCAAGCUCGCCAUGGAAACCCUUCGUUAUUCAUUAAAUUCGAACUCGGCUCUGAUCAGCAACAAACUCCAGGAUUUCGCCGAGGGGAAACGAUUUGCUACUGCCGCAUUAGAGUCGUCAGAUGAGCUGAGCGGUCCUGAGGAAUGUAAAGUACUGUUCAGACGAGCAAUCGCAAACCUAGGAUUGAAGGAUGAAGAUGCAGCAUUGGAAGACUUAGAAACAGCCAAUGAUCUCAGUCCCGGAGACGCCGCGGUUGUUGCACAGCUCAGAAAAACCAAGCAGGAAAUUGCUGAGCGGGCGAAGAAGGAGAAGGCUGCGUAUAGCAAGUUCUUCUCAUGA